AUGGACCUCCCCAAAACCAUGCGUGCCGUGGUCUUCCACGGUCCAUACGAGGUGACCGUUGAGGAGCGACCCACCCCCAAGCUACAAACCCCUGAGGAUGUGAUCCUCAAAGUGUCUACCUCGGCCUUAUGCGGCUCUGACCUGCACUUCUACCGCGGCCACCUGAAAUGCCCCACCAAUUUCAUCUGCGGCCACGAGUUCGUCGGCACCAUCGCGGAGAAAGGCGAGGAGGUGACCGAGUUCGAGAUUGGCGAUGAAGUGGUGGUCCCCUUCUACGCGACCUGCCAGAAAUGUUACUAUUGCGUGCGUGGACAGGCCAGCCGAUGCAGCCAGGGCUUUUUGUUCGGCAACUCGGCCCCGGCCAACACGAUCGAUGGCGGACAGGCCGAGUACGUGCGAGUGCCUUUGGCUUCAACCACUCUCGUCCCCAAACCCUCCACCAUCCCCGACCAUAUGCUCGUCCUCAUGGCGGAUAUCUUCCCCACGGGAUACUUCGCUGCCUCCCGGUUCCUCGCCAAUCUGACCCAACGCGACCGUGACGAAUACACCGUUGCAAUCGUGGGCUGCGGCCCCGUGGGCCUCUGCACCAUUGUCAGCGCACUCGCCAUGGUGUCCAGAGUCUAUGCGAUCGAUUCCGUGCCCGAACGCCUCGCCGAAGCAGAACGCCUCGGCGCCAUCCCUCUCCCUCUCUCCUCUGAUCCGGUCGCCAAGAUCCGCUCCGUCACUGACGGCCGUGGCGCGGACGUGGUCAUCGAAGUUGUCGGUCACGCCGACGCCUUCAUGAUGUGCUUCGACAUGGUCCGCCCAUGGGGCACAAUCCACUCGAUUGGGGUGCACAGCGAGAUGCUACCGUUGAAUGGGCAGCUGUGCUACGGCAAGAAUGUUACCAUGGCGUUCGGACGCUGCCCCGUGCGCAGCAUCUUCGAUGAAGCCCUGGCCGUCUUUCAGAAAGUGUACCCCAGGUUGGAGUUCCUCUGUAGCCGCGUCGUGCCCCUCGAGGAGGCUCCACAGGCGUACCGGGACUUUGAGGCGCGAAAGGCGCACAAGAUUGUCUUUCGGCAUGGGGGGUGA